UUCCGGUCUCACGAGUCAGCUGAUCAGUUUCAUUCUUGUCUGCUUGAUAUUUCUUAUAACUAUGUCUGGAAAAGAUAAACUCCCAAUUUUCCCUUCUCGGGGAGCGCAAAUGUUAAUGAAGUCCCGUUUACAUGGAGCGCAAAAAGGUCAUGGUUUGUUGAAAAAGAAAGCAGAUGCAUUGCAAAUGCGUUUUAGAUUAAUUCUGGGUAAAAUUAUUGAGACAAAAACUCUUAUGGGCGAAGUAAUGAAGGAGGCAGCGUUUUCAUUGGCCGAAGCUAAAUUUGCAACUGGAGAUUUCAAUCAAGUGGUUCUUCAGAAUGUAACAAAAGCACAAAUUAAAAUUAGAUCUAAGAAAGAUAAUGUUGCUGGUGUUAAUCUUCCAGUAUUUGAAUCCUAUCAAGAUGGCACGGAUACAUACGAGUUAGCAGGUUUGGCAAGAGGUGGCCAGCAAUUAGCAAAAUUGAAAAAGAAUUAUCAAAGAGCAAUUAAAUUAUUAGUGGAAUUAGCAUCUUUACAAACUAGUUUUGUGACUUUGGAUGAAGUUAUUAAAAUCACAAACCGCCGUGUAAAUGCCAUUGAACAUGUUAUCAUUCCAAGAAUUGAGAAAACUCUUGCUUAUAUCAUUUCUGAGCUGGAUGAAUUAGAAAGAGAAGAGUUCUACCGAUUAAAAAAGAUUCAAGAUAAAAAGAAACAAGCAAAAGCUAAGCUUGAAGCAGCUAGAGCAGAGAUGAUUGCUUCUGGCAGAGAUGUAGAAGCUGCAAAUAUGCUCGAUGAAGGAGAUGAUGAUAUAUUAUUUUAAACACUGUACAUAAGUUGUUUUCACACUCUGGAGUAUUAAAAAAUAUGUUAUAAUUCUGGAUGAAUGCGAUUAAAGAAUGAAUCCAAUGAAGUAUGAGAAUAGAUUUAGUCCUUCCAUAAAAAUCUUUGGACAAUACUAAUUUCACAGUACUCAGCUAUAUUACACAAAAGAUUGUAUUAUUAAGCAGCUAUACAAGCAGAUAAUAAUUUUACAGUAUUACUAACAUUUUUUAAUUACAGUAUGAUAUAGUAUAUUGGAUAGUAUAUUAUAUUGUAAUCGUAUAAUUGAAAGAUGUUAAUGAUGCUUUUCGUCAGCUGCAUUGAUUUGAUAUUUGUUGAAACUGUUGGCGCAGUCAAUAUAUUCACAUUGUUAUAUUGAUAUUGAUAUAAUUUUAUGCAAAUUCGCAGUGAUAACGUUAUAGAAGGUUAUAGAAUUAACUAUCAAAAAUUUAUGAAAAAUAAAUAUGUACAUAUAUAUAUUUA